GCGUCUCGGUGCGCCUGAGGUCGCUGUUCUGAGCGUCAGCUCUGCUUCCUUCUCUUUCGAUUUUGGAGUGAAAAUGGAGAAACACUGCAUAGACUCACAAGUCAAAGGAGUCAGCACAGGGACCACCAUCCUGGCUGCCAUUUUUGAUGGAGGGGUCGUGAUUGGGUCAGACUCCAGGGCUUCAAUUGGAGGGGAAUAUGUUUCAUCUAAGACCAUCAACAAGGUGAUUCAGGUUCACGACCGGAUCUUCUGCUGCAUGGCUGGUUCUCUCGCAGACGCUCAGGCCGUCACCAAAGCUGCAAAGUUCCACCUGUCCUUCCACAGUGUGCAGAUGGAGAGCCCUCCUCUGGUGAUAGCAGCAGCAUCGGUGCUGAAGGAACUGUGUUACAAAAACAAAGAGGAACUGCAGGCCGGUUUCAUCACAGCAGGCUGGGACACAAAGAACGGACCACAGGUGUACGUGGUGGCUUUAGGUGGGAUGUUAGUCAGACAGCCUGUUACCAUUGGUGGCUCUGGCAGCACUUUCAUCUACGGCUACGUUGACGCUAAAUACAAACCCAACAUGACCAAAGAGGAAUGCCUACAGUUUGCCACUAAUGCUCUUGCUCUGGCGAUGGGCAGAGAUAACGUCAGUGGAGGUGUGGCCAACCUGGUGGUGAUCACGGAAACGGGGGUGGAGCAUGUGGUUGUACCUGGUGACAAACUACCCAGGUUCCACGAUGAGUGACCGCCGUCCCACCUCCUGUCCUCAAACCACCAUCCCUAAGACUCACAUUUAUUGUUAAUUUGUGUACAACUGGGAUCAGACAAACUCAAGCGAAUUCAGACACACAAAAAGCAAAUUAGUUUUCUGUUUAAGAAACAUGUGGAAACAGUGCAGUAAAAAAAACCUGAGUCUUAUUAUGUAAUGAUAAGCAGAAUAGUUUUAGUGUUCUCCACUCAUUUAUGUGUCCAAAUCACAUUUUUUGUUUUUUAAUUGUAAGAUUGUAUGAGAAACUAAUAAAACAUUAUCAUUUUCCAAAGCCUCA